GCGGUGCUUUCUGUGCAAGCUCAGUCAGUCCACGCUGUGAAACACAGACCAGGAUCCUGUAGCGUUGGUAGUGGUCCAGGGAAGACCUGGGUUAGACCCAGCGGGUUCGAUACGGGUUUAAAGACUUUCAACAGCCUGACCAAACAGAAAGAGCCUCUCAUUCUGGCAAGAGAAGGAGUAGCUACCUGGUACAGCUGUGGACCCACCGCCUACGACCACGCCCACCUGGGUCAUGCCUGGUACUGAUAGAAACACUUUAUACACCACCUCCACCAUCAGCCCCUAUUACAGACAGUCGCUGUUCCUCCGCUUUCUGGAUUCUUCUAACUCCGGCACCUCUGAGGUGAGGUCUGACAGAGACAAGUACACAGUCUACCUGGACGUCAAGCAAUUCUCUCCUGAUGAGCUCAGUGUGGAGACUUGGGAUGUACCCGCCGUGGAGAUCCAGGGCAAGCAUGGAGAGAGACAGGACGACCACGGUUACAUCGCUCGUGAGUUUCACCGCCGCUACCGCCUCACCUCCAGUGUUGACCAAUCAGCAAUCAGCUGCACCCUGUCAACCGACGGUCUGCUGACUCUGACCGGACCAAAGGUCACCGAAGGGAGCGAAUCUGGCCGCAGCGAGCGCAGCGUCCCCGUCGUCCGUGACGACAAGCCCAACUCCGCUGCGUCCUCCUAGAGGCCAAGUGGUGGGGGUUGACCAGCCUCAGCCCCCCCACCCUGAAAGCUCUGGGAUGGACAGAUGUGUCCUCCUCCCUUCACUCUCCCCUGUUGAUCCUUCUUACACUGUCAUUAGUAUCAUUGUUCUGAGCCUAACAAAGAAAAGUCUUUAUCCUGCUCAUUGUUGUUGAGCCCUCUGACUCUACUCAUGGUGGGGUUGAUAAUGUCCCAGAUGUUCCAUCAGUGGUGCAGCCUCUCUGAACCCUCUCCUCUGGUCUUCAGUAUACCCUGUACUGUAGUCUAGGCCUUGUUCCAUGGAGUCCAUACUAAGGAAAUAAAGCUGUUUCAUUAACAAAAUAAAA